GCACAUCCUUCCCCCGCGCCCCCCUCCUCCCUCCUCCCCCCUCGGCUUCAAAACAAACCGUCACCAAAAUGGUGCAGAGGUGAAGGAGGGAGCGGGAGGAAGAGGUGGCGGCUCGGCCUGGGCGCUGCGGGGACAGUUGGAUUGAGGAGCGGUGGCUGCAGCUCAUCCCUGCCAGGAGCAGAAGAUGCAGGAGGCUGCGUAGCAGGUUUCUGAGCAGCUGCUGACGUCUCACCCCGCUGGAUCUGGCUGUGCAGGACGGUACCAUGAACUGAGCACAGAGCAGCGCCAAACCCUUUUUUUUUUUUUUUUUUUUGUUUUGUUUUGUUUUGGCUUUUUUUGGGUUUGUUUUCUGCCCAAGAGAAAAGCCCCCCCAGGCUCUUUGAUGCAAGCAUUCUGAAGUGGGGUUGCUGCUCCCCUCCCUGAGCCCAAGUGGUCCCGGCUGUGCUGAGGAUUUCCUGAGAAGAUGGGGAGGAAAAAGAUCCAGAUCCAGCGGAUCACGGACGAGCGCAACCGGCAGGUGACCUUCACCAAGCGCAAGUUCGGCCUGAUGAAGAAAGCCUACGAGCUGAGCGUGCUGUGCGACUGUGAGAUCGCCCUCAUCAUCUUCAACCACUCCAACAAGCUGUUCCAGUAUGCCAGCACCGACAUGGACAAGGUGCUGCUCAAGUACACCGAGUACAACGAGCCCCACGAGAGCCGGACCAACGCCGACAUCAUCGAGACGUUAAGAAAGAAAGGUUUUAACGGCUGUGACAGCCCAGAGCCCGACGGCGACGACUCCAUAGACCAGAGCCCCUUGAUGGAGGAUAAAUACCGCAAAGGCAGCGAGGAUCUGGAUAUCCUGUUCAAGAGAUAUGGUGCGCUGAACAAGAAGCACAGGGAGUGCGAGAGCCCGGAGGGGGACGAAGUGUUUGCGCUGACCCCGCAGACGGAGGAGAAAUAUAAAAAGAUUGAUGAGGAGUUUGAUAAAAUGAUGCAGAGUUACCGGCUCGCAUCCACAGUGCCCGCUCCGAACUUCGCCAUGCCCGUGACGGUGCCGGUGACCAACCAGAACUCGCUGCAGUUCAGCAACCCGGGCAGCUCGCUGGUCACCCAGUCCCUGGUGACCUCCUCGCUGACAGACCCCCGGCUCCUGUCCCCGCAGCAGCCAGCCUUGCAGAGGAACACGGUGUCCCCAGGGCUGCCACAGCGGCCAGCCAGCGCAGGGGCGAUGCUCGGGGGAGACCUGAACAACACGAACGGAGCCUGCCCAAGCCCCGUGGGAAACGGCUACGUGAGUGCCAGGGCCUCUCCGGGGCUCCUGCCCGUGUCCAACGGCAGCAGCCUGGGCAAGAUCAUCCCGGCCAAGUCGCCGCCGCCGCCGGGGGCGCACGGCGCGCAGCUGGCGGCCAACAGCCGCAAGCCCGACCUGCGAGUCAUCACCUCGCAGGGCAGCAAGGGGCUGAUGCACCACCUGCAAAACACACAGCGCUUGGGUGUCUCUCAAGCAACUCACUCUCUGACCACACCAGUCGUUUCCGUGGCGACUCCGAGUCUGCUGACACAGGGGCUGCCCUUCUCAGCCAUGCCCACGGCCUACAACACAGAUUAUCAGCUGACGAGCGCUGAGCUCUCCUCACUGCCGGCCUUCAGCUCACCUGGAGGGCUGUCCCUUGGCAACAUCUCUGCCUGGCAGCAGCAGCAGCAGCAGCAACAGCAGCAGCAGCAGCAGCAGCAGCAGCAGCAACAGCAGCAGCAGCAGCCGCAGCAGCCGCAGCAGCAGCCGCAGCAGCAGCACCUGGUCCCGGUGUCACUAGGAAACUUAAUACAAGGGAGUCACUUGUCCCACACCACCACUUUGACUGUCAACACCAACCCCAACAUCAGCAUCAAGUCCGAGCCCGUCUCGCCCAACCGGGAGAGGAACACUGCCACCCCGCUCAGCACCUUCCCCCACCAGCCCCGCCACGAGCCCACCGGCCGCUCGCCCGUCGACAGCCUCAGCAGCAACACCAGCUCCUACGAGGGCAGCAGCGAGCGGGACGACCCCGCCCGCCCCGAUUUUGGCUCCUCCCUGGGUCUCCUGCGAGCCAGCAGCGAGCCCGAGGGGGAGAGCCCCUCCGUAAAGCGCAUGCGGUUGGAUACCUGGGUCACAUAACGGCUCCCCGGCAUCCCUGGGAGCUCCAGAGGGGCUGGGAGGGCUGAGGGAGGGCAAAACAGGUGAUGGGGAUGGGCUAGGGUGGGCUGGGGGAGGGGGGAAGUUAUCAUAAACUGCCUGAGAAAUAGCUUUAGGAUUUUGUAGGCAUUCAUUCUAGCACAGCAGCAGGGACGCGUGCAGGACAUCGGCGCUGGGGAGCGGCCCAGGCUGGGGGAGUGGGGGCUGCAGGGGGGUGUCUGUGUCCUCACCAAAGCCAGCAGCCCCCAGGGAUGCUCUCCUGAGGGCCACACUGGCCAGCAGGACCCCCUGGGAGGUGGGACCCCAGCCCUAAGGCAGAGCACCUGUGGCAGGAUGGGCUCUGGGGGGAGACGGGGCACGGAGCACCCCAAAAUGCCCCAUCCUGGCCACUCCAGUGGCUCCCUGUGCAGGGAGGGGCAGGUCAGACAUGAGCCAGCUCUCUGGGAGCUUGAAGGGCUUUGGUAGGCACAGGUUUUCCCUCCAGAAGGGUUUUUUCCUAAAGCUGCUGGGAAGGGAGGUGGAGAGCAGCUCGGGGAUGCAGCCACAUCCACAGCCUGCUUCAGGCUCCUGGAUGCUGGGAAGCUGCAUCAGGAGGGAGAGGCAGAUUUUUAAGGCUUAGUCCCAUUUGCAUGCCAGGUGGAUGCAGACAGCAUCCUUCCUACCCGAGCAGGGAGCUCCACUGUUCCUCCCACUGGAACACUGGAGUUCCUGUUUCCCUCACCUCCACCUGGGCACUGUGUGGAGAGGGAGUGUUAGUGCUGGUUUGGAGAGAAAAUUGUGGAUUUUAGCAAACAACGUCCAUAAAAGCAUUUUAGAAAUGUGUUCCCAUUGCACAUGGGCCAAAGCUUUAAAUCAGGAAAAUGGGAAGAAAUUAUAUCUUUACUGAAAGAUGCAAGUGAAGUAAUGAGAUUUUGCCUGAAGGUUUCUAGGCCUCGAAAGGCAACAGUGAGCUGUGCAGAAAAUCUCCUUGAGCAGUGAUUUAGGGGAAGGAAAAAGGAAAAACCCAGGAAUUUCCUCAUGUUGCCACUUGCUCUGGCAGUUUCCCAGGGAUGGGUGUUGGCACCCUGAUCCCAAAAUGCAUCAACCUACUCGUGGUUGGGGGCUUUGGAGGAGAAGGGGCCGUUCUGGCUGGCAUAGCCAUUAGGGAUGGGCUUUCUCCCUGCAGGUGCUUGUGCUGGUGCCCUCCUGCCAGCCUGCUGCCCUCUCAACCUGGGCAGGGCCACCCCAGCCCCACUCAGCCCCGGGCUGACGGUCCCAAACUGGCACAAAACCUGCCCGGGUGCCACCUUUGCCAGCUGGAGCUUGGCCAGCCUUGGGGGGCUGUGGAGGAGCUGGGGGUCCCUGGGGUUCAGCUGGACCCUGAGGCAGAGCAAAGGGAGAGGAGCUGAGUCAGGGUGGGGUUUAUCCCUCUCCUGCCAGGUGUCAGCAGCCAGCUCAGCCUUGCAAUGAGGCAGAUGGCCAAAAACCAUCCCAGGACGAGGGCAAACCCGAAGCAAAUUUAUGGGGUUUUACAAACUUUUCCCAACCAAGCAUUUAUCACAAAGUUUCUAAUUGGAAAAACAAGACAAAAAGAAAAAGCUGAUGAUUUUUGUAGGAUGAAUAGGGCAGCCUAAAGGGAGUGGUUGGAGGAGGAGAGGAAAUCCUUGGGAAGCUGGGUGAGAAUUAGGAGCUGGUUGUGUGUGGACACCUGGUGGAGGGGUCAGGGUGGGGGGUGCUCACAGUGCCGGCGUUCUGGGUACCCUUAGCACCGUCCCUGCUGCUGCAUCAGAUCAAGGCACGGUGCCAGAUCAAAUCCCCCCCCUCCACGCCUCGAAAGACCAAAGUUCUGCCACAAAGACAACCAGAAAUUGGAAUUUCCCUCUCCUGGAAAGGCCUCGGGUGGGCAAGAGGAGAAAAGGACACCUGGCAGGUUUUGUGCAGUUGAACCCCCCCGUGCCCCCUCCCCAGCCAAACCCGGCAGGCACCAGGGCCACGCUCGGCUCUCACCUCCGGAAUGCCAACAGCAGGAGCAGAUCUUCCUCCCUCCCUCAGCCCUGCCAGCCCUCGGGGAAGCAGGAGAGCUGCUGUGGACCGUGGUCUUCCUCGCCCGCGCCGCCGCCCCGGCCCCGCCGGCUGUACCUGGACGCGCACCUGAGCUCUCUGCACGGCCUUGCUUUGUGAAUUAGGCGGGAUAGUGACGUCUCAUCGCUCUCGGGUUUUGUAUUUUGAUUUUUUUUUUCCUUCACGACAAAGAAACUCAACCCAACGAAGCGGGGUCUGCCCCCCGGGAGCAGCGUGGCAGGAGGGCCCAGCAGAGCAGCUGGCUCAGAGACCCCGGCGAGGAGUUGGCAGCGGAGACCCCCCGGUGCUCGAUGCCCUCAGGAGGGGGAAAAACCAAAAAAACCCCAUUUUUGCUCAUGAACUUCACGCCCUGACUCCCAAGUUCACACUUCUGCCUGGAAGCUGAGAGGCUGGAAACCACAGAAUGCAAGAGACAAACGCUGGGUUGGGCAGAUGCAGGGUCAGAUCUGCCCGGCUGGAUCUGCAGCUGCAGCACUCGGCGCUCCCUGCGCUGUGCCAGGGGCAGGUACAGCUCUGGUGGCAUGGGCAGGUCCAGCUCUGGGCUGUGCCAGGGGCAGGUCCAGCUCUGGGCUGUGCCAGGGGCAGGUACAGCUCUGGUGGCACGGGCAGGUCCAGCUCUGGGCUGUGCCAGGGGCAGGUACAGCUCUGAGCUGGUGCCAGGGGCAGGUCCAGCUUUGGUGGCACAGGCAGGUCCAGCUCUGAGCUGGUGCCAGGGGCAGGUCCAGCCCUGGGCUGUGCCAGGGGCAGGUCCAGCCCUGGGCUGUGCCAGGGGCAGGUCCAGCCCUGGGCUGUGCCAGCCCCGUGGGGAGGUGGGGAUGCCCAGGUCACGUGGCAAUGGAAGGGGUCUGGGGCUGUUUGUCGGGGUCUUUAUUUUGCUGGGGGCUUGGGGUUAUUUUAUUAUUCUAUUCUAUUUUUUUUUUGUCCGGGUCAUUAUCCUUCAUUUCCCCCCUUCCCCCCAGACUGUAGUAUCUGGUAAACUCCUAAUUUUCAAAAGACAACGAGAAGAAUGACAAUCUAAGAAACCAACACCCUCCUUUGUGCUUCUAUAAAUAUGUUUCUAAUCUAAUUUUAUUUCUCGUGCUCAUCUGUACUGUUGACAGUUACAAUUGUGUAUAAUUUUUUUUUUUAAUUUGGAAUUUUUGCGUUGUAUAGGGUUUAGUUUUAAAAUAUAUAUAUAUAUUUUCCAUUUUUUAAAAAGGGGUGUUGCAAAAAAAAAUUGCACGAUUUAAAUGACAAUAGUUAAAAUGCUGCAGUUUUUAGAGAUGUGGAAGCAAAAUGGAGCUUAUUUAUUCUCAAAGGCUAUAAAGGUGUAAAAUGCAUGAAGAAAAAAAAAAGCAUUUACAAAAAAAAAAAAAAGACAAAAAAAGUGUAACCUGAACAAAGUGUAGCGUUAAAGAUUUUAAAGGAUGACAACAACAAGAAAAAAAAAAAAACAACAAAAAAACAGCUAAUAUAUUGUGUUUGGGCUAGUUUGCUUUUGUUUUUAAUUGUUCCUUUUUUGGAGAAUGAAAUACAUUUGUGUAUAUUUUCAUAUAAGAAGUAUGCACUGAGAUGUUUCCAAACUGAUAUAUUCCUUUCUAAACGUGUGGUUACUUACCAAAGUCUGUUUCUGAUCUUUACCUUCGAAACUCUGUGGAUGCUCCAGCCCUCACCUGAGCCCAGGUAAGGCGGGGUGGGGGCAGCGGCAGGGCCCCCUCCCCGCGGGGUACCAGGGGGCUGAGCCGGGGGGGGCUGGCACAGGGGGGGCUCUGACCCCCGGCCUGGGGAGGCUGGUCUUUCCCAGGGCUUGGCAAGGCUGGGGUUUGGGGGUCUGUGUCCAAUUUUGGGGGGUCUGUGCCCGUUUUGGGGUGUCCGUGCCCGUUUUUGGGGGGUCUGUGCCCGUUUUUGGGGGUCUGUACCCUGUUUUGGGUGGUUUGUGCCCAGUUUUGGAGGGUCUGUGCCCGUUUUUGGGGGGUCUGUGCCCGUUUUUGGGGGUCUGUACCCUGUUUUGGGUGGUUUGUGCCCAGUUUUUGGGGGGGUCUGUGCCCGGUUUUAGGGUGUCCGUGCCCGUUUUGGAGGUCUGUGCCCAUUUUUGAGGUGUCUGUGCCCGUUUUUGGGGGUCUGUGCCCGUUUUGGGGGUCUGUGCCACGGUGGGGCUGCCUGGGCUGGGGCCAGGUGUGGGGGCAGGGGCACAGGUGGGGGUUCAUCCCUGGGGGGGCACGGAGCUCUGCCGUGGGGUGGGGUGGCCGAGGUGUGUACAGAGAGGAGGAGGAGGAGGAGGAAGGGAGGGAGGGAGGGAGAAGGUCCCAGGGUGUGGCUGGGGUGAUGCAGCUGGAGGAGCAGGGAUGGGCUGGGAAGUCACCUGGAGGAGAUCUGGGGGAUGGAGCAGGACCCGAAAUGGUGGGAAGGGCACUCAAAGGGCAUCAAACCCUGCCUGGGUGCAGUGAGGAUGGUGAUGGAGCAGUGGGGGUGGAGCUGCCCGCCCUGGGGGCUGUGGAGGUGGUCAGCUGGGGUGGAUGGUCAGCUGGGGUUGGAUGGUCAGCUGGGAUGGGGUGGUCAGCUGGGGUGGAUGGUCAGCUGGAAUUUGGUGGUUAGCUGGAAUUGGAUGGUCAGCUGGAAUUUGGUGGUCAGCUGGAAUUUGGUGGUCAGCUGGGUAUGGAUGGUCAGCUGGUGUGGGGUGGUCAGCUGGGAUGGGGUGGUCAGCUGGGAUGGGGUGGUCAGCUGGAAUUUGGUGGUCAGCUGGGCUGGAUGGUCAGCUGGAAUUUGGUGGUCAGCUGGGGUGGGGUGGUCAGCUUGAAUUGGAUGGUUAGCUGGAAUUUGGUGGUCAGCUGGAAUUUGGUGGUCAGCUGGGGUUGGAUGGUCAGCUGGUGUGGGGUGGUCAGCUAGGAUGGGGUGGUCAGCUGGAAUUGAGUGGUUAGCUGGAAUUUGGUGGUCAGCUGGGGUGGGAUGGUCAGCACGGGGUGACUCCUGCUCGGGGCGCUGUUUUGGGGCCAGCAGAGAGCCUGGCUGUGCAGGGUGUUGGGGUGAGGCUGGCAGUGGCUGUGGGGGUGUCAGGGGCACCCGAGCCCCCCCGAGGGCUGUGGCUGUGGCAGGGACACUCUGGGGGUCCCUGGGGAGGGGGUUUGUUCUGGGUGUGUCUGAGGCCGCUGCCAGGUUGGGGUCUGAGGGCAGUGGAAGUGUUAAAUCCAGAGCUGUGGUGAUGGGCCAGUGUGGGCCUGGGGGAAGGUGGGGCAAAGAGAAAGAACAGGUUUCCUUUUCCUCCUCCCUUUGUCACUUCCCUCUUCCUCUCCAGAAUAAUUUCAGCAAACCAAGGAAAAAGCAAAUUUACAAAAAACUCCCCACCUUUUCCUUGAAAAUUUCACUUCCUACACUUUUUUCUCCUCUUGUGUUGCUUGGCUGGGGGAUUCCCCCCAUGGUUUGGGUGUGAAUUGGGAGAUUUGGGGUGUUUGUCACCAGUUCUGGGGACGAGGCUGCGAGCUGCUGCUGCCAGCCCAGAGCUUGGCUGGGCUGAGGGGCACUCGGUGCUCUGGGGGUCCCCUCGACCCUCCUGGGGAGAGCAUCCAGCAGGUGGGGAAGGAGCAUCUUCCCCACCCUCCUUAGCUCUGCCACAUCCUGCCUCCCAGCUGGGGGCACAAUUUUUGGAUGUUUGGGGGAUUUUCACCUCCCAGAGUGGUGAAAAUUGAUCCCUUGGGCUGUGGGAGAGUGUCUAACAGUGGGCUUCAGCUGAAGGUUUGCUCUGGUUUCCCUUUCCCACGUUCAUCCUUUUAUUCCACCUUUCCCUCUCACUUCACUUUUCUCUUUUUAUUUUUUUUUUCCUUUUCCUUUCCACAAAAAACCCGACCAGACCCAUAAUCCAAGUGUUGUAUUUUCACUACCUCCAUCCACCUCCCUUCCUUGUCCAGAGCAGGAAGCCACACUCGAUGUCAGAGGGCCUUUCCCCCUUGAUUCCCCCCUUUCCCCUGGUGAUUUUCUCUCCCUUCUGUCCCCUCCUCUCUCUGGUCUCUCACCUGUAUUUUACCUGGCUACUGUAACUGUAAAUAGCAAGUUUCAAUCUGUUAGCAAUGGUAACAGUACAGAAAACUGGUUUUGGUUUGUUUGUUUUUUUUUUUUUGGUUUGUUUUUUUUUUUUUUUUUUUUUUUUUUUUGGUUGUAUUGAUAUGAAAUGAGAUUAUAUUUUUGUCAGAGUAUAUUGUAAUAAUACUGACUUUGGACAUGG